AUGACGUCAUCCGCAUGCGUCCAGCGCGCUAUAUUUCAUUUUUGGCGCCGAAAGAUAGUGGCUGGGAGUAAAAUGGCGAUAAAAGUGUUGGAGAUCCGCUAUGUCCUACUUGAAUGGACUGAGGGUGAGGAUAGAGGGGCCCAUAGUAUUUUGCCGCUCGACUGUGUCCGGAAUUUUUCAGUUACAGAUUUUUUUGAAAGGACUGAUAAAACCGAGAAGCUGGUGGAAUGGCGAAAAGGCCGCCAACCCUGGCCGGUGCACCGAGCCAGAAUUAUUGACGUGGCAAAACUUGAAAAAACUCUCCAAAUUAAACUGAUGGAGAUGGAGAAAGAGGGCACACAAUGGCAAAUAAAACGUCCUCACAUCCCAAACUCAAAGUACAGUGAGCAGCAGGGGCAGACUGAGAAGGCUUCAAAGAAAAAGGUUGACAAUAAAAAGGGAGGUGCUUCAAAAUACAAGCACCAGGAGGGUGAGAAGCAGGAGGAGGGUCAUGACAGACUUUCAAAGAAUAAGAUUGACGUGAAAAAGAGAUGGUCUUCUAAAUACAACCACGAGGAAGAGGAGGCGGAGGAUGAUGAGGCGCGUCAUGACAGACCUUCAAAGAACAAGAUACACUACCAGUCUGCAUCCAGUCGGGCCAGCGAAGAGGAGGAGUGUAUUGGGGAUAAAGAGGACAUAGUACCACCCUCUAAGAAAAAGACAGCUGCUGAAUUUAGAAAACACCUGGACGAACAGAUGUGGGAGAGAAGGAAACUCAACCAAAUGCAAAUAAAUUUGCAGGAGUUGAGAAAUGAAGUCCAUUCUCUUAAAAAUGAAAAUGCACGUCUGAAAGACAUUAUCAUCAAUCAAAUCCCUCAAAUGAAAAGUGACCUCGCCAUUAUUGCUCAAAAGACUGGAAGGACUCCUGUGGAGGAUCUUGAUUCCUCCUUCUCGACUUUUGGAGAAGUGCAACCGACUCCAGUGAGGAGACCGAGCCCUGAGGAGACUGAGCCCUUUAACGAGAGUCCCAUGGUGACUGAGUGCUUUCGAGAGACACCACAGACUGCAGCUGAGGCCUCAGCGAAAACACAGAUUGAAGUUAUAAAGGGCUCUGGGGUGUUUUGCCAGGCAGAAGCGUGGAAAGCAGCCCGCCUUGCCAACUCUGCUACUGCCAUGGUGCGGAAUCUGCUGCUGGGCACCUUUGAUUUGGAGACUUUGCUGAAAAGCAACCUGAAUGGUGGGAAGCCAACCAGAGGGGAUGGGGAGCAGCUGGUCGCCCUUGACAAAAUUAAAAAGGCAGCCAUUAUUGGCAUCAAUGGAGACUGCAAAAGAUGCUACAUUGAAGAAGUGGCCGGCAGCCAGCCGAGGGCAGAUAGGCACAUCUAUUAAUUCGAAGCUCACGGAGCUGAGAAGAGCAACAA